AUGAAAUGUGAUGAAAUUAAACCGGCAUGUGGUCCCUGUACCAAAAAGAAUAAGACCUGUGAUUACGCCAAUUCGAACCGAAACAACAUCGACUCUGCGGCCACCAACAAGGUCGUUCCCGAGAGCCUCUCCCUUUUAUCAACCACACAGCAAACACCGCCUCAGGAGCAGAACAUUGACCAUGUAUCAAGUGAUCACAACCCAGGCGAAGUGCACUACCAGCCGCAUGGAGCCUCUGAUCAUGCCAGGACUGCUUCGGAAGCGGGCCUUAAUCCUUCUCCGCCAGCCAUGCUGGAAUAUAGACUGGAGAACGAGGGGAUUCCAAGCCAGAGUCCAGGAGGCAUGCAUGGGGAUUACUUGUCGCCAUCCACCUCAUCAUUGGCGGCGGUACGAUGGUUAGGCUUACUAGCAAGUGGUUUUCCCAGCGAUGGCCCGCAGCUACCGACUCUCUCUGAUUCCUGGGAGAGUCAAAGCCUCUCGUUUGGAUACCAGAGUGGUGAUGGCCCAGCACAGCCUAGCUCGCUACAGCGAGCGACUCAGGUUUUGGAUGGCCCUGCUGGCAGGUCAGCUAGUCAAGACGUGACGGAGGGGCAGGUUUGGCAGUCUCAGGAACCAAUAGAUCUCUUACCAGCAGAACAAACAUUGUUUGAACACUUUGUACAUCAAGUUAGCCCCAUGGUUGGUCAUGGCACUAUAUCCCUGACUGGUGUAUCCUCGUCUGAUAAUCUUCUCUCGCAGAUCGAUCUUUUUGACCCGACCAACAAAUUCUCUACAUUAGUUGUGCACCUAGCGUUGCGUAAUGCUGGGCUUCUAAACGCCAUAUUAGCUCUUUCUUUUCGGCACCUAGCUUUGAACCCUAGUCUGGAUGAUCAAAACAUCACAAGCAAGCCGGAAGAAGCUCUUCAAUACUACUACCAAACUCUUCAUUACGUGGGAAGGGCGAUGCAAUCUAGUGCUUACAAGAUUAGCCUAGAGCUACUUUCAACCGCCUUGAUAAUUUCUACUUACGAAAUGCUUGACAAUUCUACAGAUGACUGGGAGCGUCAUCUAGAAGGAGUCUUCUUGAUUCAAAGAUCUCAAACGAUACACGGAGAAACUGGAGGACUCAAGUCGGCGGUCUGGUGGGCCUGGCUGUGCCAGGAUAUCUGGGCUGCUUUCCGCGAGAAGCGCAAGACCCUUACGUUUUGGGUUCCACAAAAGCCCCUCUCUGCGUUAUUGCCGCACGAGCUUGCUACGCGCUCCAUCUAUAUCGCCGCAAAGGUGGUUAGUUACUGCGCUACUGAAACAACCCAAGAAAAUAUCCAGCAUCAAAUUGGUGAGGCAAUGCGACUUCGGAGCAUGCUGGAAGACUGGCAACGGCAUUUGACCGUUGAAUUCUCCCCCUUGCCAAUUAGGUCCUGCGAGGUCACAUCAUGCUUUCAACCUAUAUGGAUUAGUCCACCUGCAUUUGGUAUGUUAUUCGACAUGGACGCCGAGUUGUGGUCAGUGAAACCAAACUAA